AUGUCACCCGUCGUCUCCACCAUGCCUAUUAGGAAUCCCAGUAUCCACCCCAACGGCCCAACGGCCGUGGUGGGAAGAGGCAACCCGCUGCAAUCUGUUCUGUUUCCGACAUUCUUCCCUUCGACGUGCCGAAUAUUCCGCUUCUACAGCAGCACAGUGACCCAUUCCACAACACAACGGAACAAGCUGCGACGCCAGUUCAAGACGGAAAUUUCGGUUCUGGACACCUUGGCAGAAGAAGAGUCGCCUGGCACGUUUUCGCAGUCGCUUCUUUUCACUUCGUACAUACAUUCAUUCAUUCGCAUUACGAAUGCUCCGUACGAACAUUGCGUCGGUAGCCCGUCUGGCAUUGAAAACACCAACGGAGUACUCCGGAAAUUUGGCCGCAAUCAACCAAUGAUGAUGCGCCAUCACCGUUAUUUGACUUUGAUUUGGAUUGAAUCGCCAUCAGAGUCACAAUCCUUGGACUUUGUCAAGCGCUACGUAAUCAACAAUUCCAACCAUUCCUACCUGGGACACCGAGGCCGAACCCGUUAUCAAGAUGACGAGGCCCCGUUGAACCCCCACAUCAGCCCUAUGGCCAGUUUAGCGAAUCAGGCUGCGACCAAUUCAGAGGCCUACGGAUAA